AUGCGUUCCCAAAACCUCUGGCGGUCACUGAGACUGGUUCAACGCUAUUCCGCCCGCUCCUUUCUCCCCGCUGGCCCAAGCAUCCGAAGCAUACGCAACCUUAGCUCUGCAGCGCCCCGAGUCCCUGAUUUCGCCUUUGCGUUUGACAUCGAUGGCGUCCUUCUCCGAUCCUCUACUCCCAUUCCAGGGGCCGCCGAAUCGUUAGCGCUUUUAAAGAAAGAGGGAAUACCGUUUAUUCUUCUGACAAAUGGAGGCGGGAAACACGAAACGGAACGCGUUGCUGAAAUCAGCGAGAAACUCCAGGUUCCAUUAGAUGCAGAUGUGAUCAUUCAAAGCCACUCGCCUUUUGCGGAGAUGGUACGAGGUACGGAAUCACAACCCGCUCUGGAGAACAAACGUGUACUGGUGGUUGGUGGAGAUGGAGAUGGCUGUCGUGCGGUGGCAGAGAAGUACGGAUUUAAGAACGUCGUAACGCCUGGCGACAUCUUCAUGGCCAAUCCAUCCAUUUGGCCAUUCUCAAAAGGGUUCAGCGACUACUACAAGACCUUCACCAGACCCCUACCUCAUAAGGGAGAGCCCGGCGACCCAACAAUGGGGCUUAAAAUUGACGCUAUCUUCGUCUUUAAUGAUCCGAGGGAUUGGGCGUUGGACGCACAUAUCAUCAUUGAUCUUCUGCUGUCAUCGCAAGGAGUCCUAGGAACUAUAUCAGACAAGAAUGGACGCGCCAAUCUUCCCAAUCGCGGAUACCAGCAGGAUGGGCAACCGCCUCUUUACUUCUCUAAUCCGGAUCUUUGGUGGGCGGCGGCUUACAGCCUUCCACGUCUCGGACAGGGCGGUUUCCGCGAAGCGUUGGAAGGCAUGUGGAGUGCAAUCACCGGUGGCUCCAAUAAAGGCGUUGAGCUUCAGAAGACAGUCAUUGGUAAACCGUCGCAAGGGACGUACGAAUUUGCGGAGAAGCAACUCCUGCGUAACCGAUCCAGAGCGUUUGCGUUUGAAACGACAAGACCCUUACGGAACGUUUAUAUGGUUGGAGACAACCCGGAAUCGGAUAUUUGCGGAGCCAACUCGUACCGAAGCGCGCACAAUAGCGAGUGGCAUUCUAUACUCGUGCGGACUGGCGUUUAUAUGGGCGGCGAGCCAGCAUGGACCCCGAAGACUAUUGCCGACAACGUCCAGAAAGCUGUCGAAUGGGGCCUACAGCAUUCCAAUUGGCAGACUAAGUAG